AUGACCGGUUUCCAAAGACAUUUUUUAUUGAGUCUUUUAGCAUUAGGAGCUUUAGCUGACAAAGCUCCUGCUAUUGAUGAUAAUCCAAAAAAUGUUGUUGCUGUUGCCCAUUUUCCGCAAGCCGGUGAAUUCAAAGAGAUAAUUGGUUCCAUGAAAUUCUUCUCAACAAACGGAACUGUAAAAGUCCACUGGGAUGUUACCAAGUUGCCAAAGGAGAAAGGUCCUUUCCUUUAUCACAUUCACGAAUUCCCAGUCAAUGAAAAACAAAGCUGUGAGAUUGCUGGUUACCAUUUCAAUCCAUACAAAGCUCCAGCUGAAUGUGCUGUCUUUAAUGAUGAUAGUUUAUGCCAAGUUGGUGAUUUGAGUGGUAAGCAUGGUCGGAUUGAUACUACCUGUUUUGAAGGCUCCUAUUAUGAUCCUUAUCUUUCCUUGAAACCUGGUGACCCAUCAUAUAUCGUCGGUAAAUCUGUUGUCCUUCAUUUCAGUGAUCAGAAGAAGAUUGCUUGCGCAAAUAUUGUUGUUUCACCAGAGUCUGUUAAGGACGCUGAUUUGGAGUCCAAGAGAAAUGUCUUGCAUAAUAAUGACUUAGUGGAGGCUAAAAUCCCUGGAUGGAAGCCAGCCAAUAAAGAAGAGGCAAAGGUGAUUGAAGAAUCUCACAAAGAAUGGCUCAAGAAGCAUAAGCCUAUGCAGAAAUACAGCGUUGAAGAUGAAGAUGAAUUUAUAAGUGAAAAUUUGGUUCUAGCUGCUGCUGUUGCUGAAACAGUGGAGGAUGAACAAGAUUCUGCUCCUACUGAAUCGAUCGAGGAAGGAGAUUUCGAAUUCAAGGAGCCUACUGAAUCUUUGACAUACACAAACGAACCUUUUGUUUCUGAUGGCCCUGAAGAUCACUUUGAAGAGGAAGAUCACGAUACAGAUUUCGGCUCUCUAACCGAGACCACUGAUUGGGAAAACAAUGCUACUGACAACAUUUUGAGCGGUUUCGGAUUCUUAGUUAGUGGCCUCGCUGGCUUUCUUGGAUUUUUGAUCUAA